CAGUCUAUGAUUCCGGUUUCAUUUUGACACAACCUCUUAUCACCCCUUUUAUCUUUUAUGUGUGGCCAUUAAAUAGGAUUAACGGCGCACCGAAGACCAAAAUUGCAAAAUAACGCCGGGUGAAGUAUUGCGAAGCAGAGUAACGCUCAUGACCUAAUUCAGGUAGUCUGGGAAAUGCAGUCAGCUGACGCUGGAGGAUAUAUUUAGUCGACAGCCCCCCGCAAAGAAAUGCACAGGUUUCGUACUUAUGUGUACAUAAGAUUAUAUGUCACACAGCUUUAUAUUCAUCAGUUCCAAGACAAUCUUAAAAGGGGAGUGGAAAUGAGAAGUUGGAAGAGGGAGGGAGACAUAAUGUAGGCCUUGGUUGGCUGAUGGGUGUCUCUAGAGAGGCAGCUUGUGUUUAAAAGACCCAAAAGGAGAAAGGAUGAGAGGCUGUCAGAUCAUUUUCACUCGUGAGUGGAGUAAAAUGAGGAUCUCUCAUCAGAGCAAAAAAACCUCACCGGGAAGGCCCGCAAGCUGCAAAGCUACAAGCCAAACGUCGCAGAGACGUCCCGCGCUCGUUGGUACUCGCCGCAUCCGACCGGCACCGCCUCGAAAUACUCUUUCACGCAAGCAGCAUGCUCGCGGUGGGCAGACACGCAAGCCGCCCUUGCACGUGACGCCGGCGCGCAGGGCGAGCGCGGAGCCGGCGCACGGCUGGCUGACGCUGGCGUGCGACCAGCAGACGGCACGCGGCGCUCACUCGGGUUGCACCUUCUACUGCUAUUUCUGCUACUGCUGUUACUGCUGCUGCCUCACGUUGCUCUCCUUCUCUCUCCUCCUCCUCCUUUCCCCACUUCCCCAUGAUCCGCCCUCUGACUCCUUCCCCACCCAUCCUUCCGCUUCCUCCACCCCCUUGCCAACAUCAACUUCCUGUGUUGACGAACUUUCGAUCCAUCCUGACGUCAACCUGACGGUUUCUGCCGCGAUUUCCUGCCGCCCUCUGUCACCUUGCCGCACCUCCGAUGGUUCUGUCGCCCUCCACUACACAUCCUCCCCUGAACAACUCGCUCCCUCCCGCCCUAAUACCUCUCCUACUUCCUCUUCCGACUCCUUCUCCUUCCAUCGCCAUGUCCUUUGCCGGCCGUGGCCAUCUUCUCGUUCUCUUUCCUCCCUGCUCCUCUGCCCUCCCAGCUUUGGGGAUCCGGUAUUGUCCUACGCGUCCACUCUGGAACACAUUCCCACUGGGCCGACUCGGCCUCGGACGCUGCUACGCCAGCAGAGUCUCCAACAGCCCCUCAUGAACCCGCCGGGCUCUGGAUUUGGCCAUCCGCCCACCACAUCCCAGAGUUUGGGACAGUUACACACAGCACCUGGACAUCCUGGGGGAGGCGGGGCUGCUGGGAGAGGAGAGGCAAGUGGUGGCGCCGGUGAGGGCGGAGGUGCAGGUAAAAGAGCUGUUCCACGGAUCACGCGAGGCAGCCCCGCAGCAGCGGGUGCCUCUCGCUAUAGAGGAGGCGGCGCAGGAGGGCGCUCGCGUGCCAAUCCGGGCAGCUGGGAUUACAUGAUGGACCAGAUCCGGAAUCGCGGUAUGGACGUCAAAUCCUUCCUCGAAGGGAAGCUGGUGGUCCUAUCUUUGGCCAUCGGUGUGGCCGAGCAAGACGACUUUGCCAAUAUCCCUGACCUGCAGGAAACGCAGCCGCAGACAGUCCCGGCAGCCGGUCAGGAGCCCCCCCUCGAGAAGAGGGGCAACAAGCCAGCCAACAGUCCCAAAGGCCAACCGCCCGAUGCUGACGGCCAUUCCUCCGUUACCGACCUGGCUAACUCCCUCACUGGAGACAUGGUGAUGCUAUCUCCGGGUUCAGAGGACGACGACGGCGAGGGGCCAAUCAGUGAGAAGCUGGGUCGGAUCCAGUUCAGUAUAGGCUACAGCUUCCAGAACACAACCUUGACUGUCAAAGUUCUCAGGGGCCAGGAGCUCCCGGCCAAGGACUUCUCUGGCACUUCGGAUCCCUUUGUCAAAAUCUACCUGCUGCCUGACAAGAAGCACAAGCUGGAGACCAAGGUCAAGAGGAAGAACCUCAACCCCCAUUGGAAUGAAACCUUCCUGUUUGAGGGUUUCCCCUAUGAGAAGGUGAGAGAGCGCACACUUUACCUUCAGGUGUUGGACUACGACCGCUUCAGCAGGAACGACCCCAUUGGAGAGGUCUCAAUCCCGCUUAACAAGGUGGAGUUGGGUCAGAUAAAGACCUUCUGGAAGGAGCUCAAGCCCUGCAGUGAUGGCAGUGGGAGACGAGGCGACUUGCUGCUGUCUCUCUGCUAUAAUCCCACUGCCAACACCAUCACUGUGAACAUAAUCAAAGCCCGUAAUCUCAAAGCCAUGGAUAUCGGAGGCACCUCAGAUCCGUACGUGAAAGUGUGGCUGAUGCACAAAGACAGGCGUGUCGAGAAGAAGAAGACGGUGACGAUGAAGCGCUGUCUCAAUCCCGUCUUCAACGAGUCCUUCCCCUUCGACGUUCCCGCCCAUGUGCUGAGGGAGACCACCAUCAUCAUCACAGUCAUGGACAAGGACAGACUCAGCCGCAAUGAUGUUAUCGGCAAGAUCUACCUGUCAUGGAAGAGCGGUCCAGCGGAGGUGAAGCACUGGAAAGACAUGCUGGCCCGGCCGCGCACCAACGUGGCCCAGUGGCACGCUCUCAAGGCCUGAUGGCACCGCCCACCUUCCUCCAUGCCCCCACCCACCCACCCCCACCCCCAGUCCCGUUUCCUUAUGCACAAGACUGACUUGCUGCCAGGCCGCGAAACACGGGUACAAUUAGCCAUCUGCUCUCUUAAACCUUUAAACUCUUUCUCUUGCCCCUUCUUGUCCCUCCUUCCUCCACGUCUGUUUUGUCACCGCUUUGUCGGCGCGUCCCCUCUCUCCUCGUUUGGACCGCCCAUAUCUCCUUCUGCGCUUUUUGUCUGUGGAGGCCUAAGGUUUUGUUUCGAAAUGCGGACCCCCAUGGUUCCGGAACUGCACUGCAGCCACUGACCCACUGAAGGUGCCAGUCCCGUGGGAUCACAGAGAAUCUUAAGUGAUACAUAAUAUAAUGUUAGAAUAAUUCCAGGAACACAAUCCUAUCCGUUAUGUACUGUAUGUACAUAAACAUGAAUAGAUUAGGCGAAAUAGAUCUCCCUCCAUCCCCCAAAACAGAUAGCCUUUUCUCUUCAUUUGUCUCCAAAGUACUGUAUCUUGCAUUAUGUUCCUCCCUCCUCUUACUUACACUUAGUGUGGUUUAAUAUUUGGCUUGAGCCAUAGAAAGCAAUCGAUCUUUCUCAGUUUUUUUUCCCCAUUUUUGAUGAAACCAGCUGAGUUCCAGAUGGUAUUGUUGAUACUCGUGUCUCUCUCCUCUUUUCUCCUCUAUUCCCUCAUUUCCUCUUUAUUGUUCCCUCUUUCUUAUCCCCUGGCACGAUAUUAGUGGCCCCCUCCCUCCCAACUACCCCGCCGCCCCCGACAAACACCACCCUCCCUAUGUCGUCUGUGUGCUGUGGGUGCUGUGCUGUAGCUCCAAACAAAAAUAGAGGUUAAAAGAUAUACUGUACAUGUACUGAACUUUCCCGAAGCUGGGAAAGCGGGCACACGAUAAAACCCAUACGACGGACCACUCUUGAUUUUUUUUCAGACAAUAAGCCCUUGACACGGAGAGAGAAAAAAGAAGACGCGCAGGAUUAAAAAAACAACAACAACAAAAAACCUACAUCCCAGACGCUACGAUGAUGUCAUUUUUCACAGCGAAGGAGAGAACCAGUUACAAAUCUUCUUGCAACAAAGGCAACGCAAAGUGUGUGCUGUUUUGUGUGCAUGCGUCCUGAUGUGCGCGCUCACUUCAAUUUGUGGAUUGAAUUCUUUGUGCUGCUCUGCGCUCUUCUUGUUUUGCCCCGUUGUGCUGAAGAUCUCAGAGAACCGCUCCAUCUUCCCGACACGGUGGCCUCUGUGGCGCAUCCGUGUUAAUGUAUACCUGCUAGCGCAAGCGUGUGUGUGUGCGUGUGUGUGUUUUAUGCUUAAGCAACACAACUCCGUUGUCGCAGCACAAGUCUUCUCUUUUCUCUUUCUCUCUUCAUACUGCCAUCGCUUCCCCCAUCCUCCUCUUCUGCCCAGCCUUCCGAACGAACGAGGGCGCGGGGAAGUUCUUAUCUGCACUUUUUCAAAAUGUAAUAAUAUGAAUAAUAAUAAUAAUAAUAAUAACAACCUUGAGGUCGCGGAUGGUUUUGAUGACGAUCAUAGUUGCGGUGGAAAUGAAGGGAAGAGUGUGUGAAAGGCGAGAUUGGGGAAAGGCCGCCUCUGCGCUGUGGCUUGAGGGUGUCGAGAUGAGGAAGAGGACGCAGAGGAAGGAUGAAGGGCUCUCGUCCGCCUCUUUGUGCGUCGCUUGUUAUUUUGGAGCACGUGCACCGGCAUGCAUGUGGAUGUUUCCUGUCGAUGGACUGCCGUGGUGAGAAAGGAGAAGCUCGCGCUUGGCUUUGCUUGUCUUCAGGAGGCUUGCCAAGCCGGCAUUGUGAUGACACAAAGUGUCACAAGUACGAUCCGACGGGGGAGACGGACAUUUUCUGGAUGAUGUUCACAACGCUGUAAUCAAUCAGUGCCGGAGUGGAUUCAGGCUUUGUUGCUGAUACCCCCCCCCCCUCCCCCCGGCCGAAAAAGACAGACGAGAAUUUUGUUUCGCACUCCGUGGGUGUGAUUUUUGAAGAUGGGCUGAUCUGUGACCGCGAGAUACUGGAAAAGAAGAUCAUCUUUUCCCCCGGGUGCUUGAGACCAGCGCAGGGUUUCAGUGGUUGCCUGCUUUGUCAGCCACAGUCGACUCAAAUUCCCUCGCAGUAAAUAAAACAGACAUGCAUGGACAGCAUGGAUACUUGCAGACAUUUAAAGCAACUUGCUCACAAAUGUUUUUGCAGUCGGAAAAAUUCUUUGAGGCCAAUUCCAAAAACUGGUGAUUCCUUUUCGUUUUCCUCCGUUUCCGAUUUUAAGGACUUCUAUCUGAAGUCGCCGUAUUUGAUUGCCAGUUAAAAGUUGAGCAGGGUGUGGUUGCAGCACAUUCAGCUGGGGACAAAAAAAUUGAAUUUUGAAUCCCCAGUUGGUAUAAUUGACCCAUUUUUUUUUUAAUCAUUCAAAAUUGGCUGGGUUGUUCACCACACUUUUCUUUGCGGUGUGUCAAAUUUACAAGACAUUUAUUUUUGCUUUACAGGGCUUUUAACAAUCAAAGGUUGUUACUGGACAUGGUGGCUGUCAAUGACCGUGAAGUUUUAAAUAAACAGCUGUGUGUUUUUGGGUCAUUUUAAGAAAAAAAAUAUCUGAACCCUUUCAGGGUUACUCCAGUGGACAUUUUAUCAUGUUAUCAGUUUCCAGCGUGCAUGAAAGGGUUCAUUUAGUCAGCAUUCUGCUAGGCUAAAUGGGAAUAAGGCUGGCAUGUACCCUCAAAUCUGCUGGGUCAAAACAAUGAACUAGCUAACGGCGCCGAGUCCAAAAGGAACCGAGCCAAUGCUGAGUUCUUUUUCCCCAAUGUGCCAUCAUGGCCACCAGCAGACGUGACAUCCAAGUUGGCAAGUGUGACAAGCAGGCCGUCUCGCAGCGCAAGCGAAAAACUUUUGUUUGCAGAUAUGUCAUUGCCAUCAGAUAAUCCUCCAUUUUAGCCUUCUCCGCACAAGAUUAGACAUCUCUUUGCCUCCAAGCUCCUCCGGCCUGUUUGUGUGUCCAUUCCUAGAACAGAAGGGAGCACAGUUUGCCGAAGCGACACUUGCCAGGGGAAAAAAAAAAAGAGUGUCUUCAGUAGCGACCAUAGAGAUGCUGGAAAUGGCUGUGACGGAAGAAAAUAAUCACCACGCCGUCGCUUUCCUAAGGUGAAUGUUCGAGUAGAUCUACGGCUUGUUGUUUUUUCGCCAUGCUUUUCGUAUUUUCCGCACUAAAAGGCGCACCUAAAAGCCUUCCAUUAUAAUCCGAUGCGCUUUGUGUAUGGUCAUUACGGUAAUAUUUCGACCCCCAAAAUGGCUCCUUGUUAGAGACAUGCUUACAAUGCAGAGUUCAAACUUAAGGCGCAAACACGGAAAUAGAGUGGCGGCAAUAGAGUUCAACGUUAACGAGUCAAUGUUAUAACUUGCUGUUGGUUAAGUGAACAGUGUCACUGCUUUAGUAAAUAACUUACUGUACUGUAAGUACUAUCAGUACUGACAUCUGAUUGUUUUGUUGGCAUUUCCUUGAGUGUAGCUCCAUCUAGUGCAUACAUUGUGGAUAUCGUCUUAUAAAGCAGUGUGCCCAAUGUAUGGAAAAAUAUAUA